ACGCUGUUUUUAGGAUUCUUCGGAAGUAAAUUGAAUACUGUUUCAGUUCAGAUCGAGAGACAUCAGCGGGGUGUGUGCAGAAUCCUACAAAAAGACACGGACAAAUUGAGACUGUUAGAUAUGGCUCAUCGACAAUCCCAUUCUAUCAAACUACAAUUCCCAGCCACAGGGAAUUUCAAGUAUAACUACGUCAGAGAGAGACUUUCUGCUAUAUAUCGAGAGACGCAUAUUAGCAAACUGCGUGACAUUCUCCCUUGGACAGAGUCUGAAUUCAUUGAGGUGAUCGUCCUUGGAGAAAAUGCUGAUCAACUGGCUACUCAAAUGCAGUCAGGGGGAUUUGACAGAGUAGAUGUUUUAAAGUCAGAGCAAGAUGUCAGCCGAGAUGUACCACGACUGUACAUAUUUGCCUCCAAAAUGAUUCCCGCAAAAGAGGACGUUCAACUUUUACAAGGGAUAUUGAAUCAGGCAGAGCAUGAAGUAUGCUCUGUGGUGUCCGUCGCAUUUACUACAAGUGCCUUUAGUCAGGAGGAGUGUCCUAUGGCAAAACAAGAUAUCGUUGAAAAAAUCUUACAAAAAGCCAGUCCGUAUUUACCAACUGAAGUAUUGAAUUCAAUAUCCGAUGACAUUCUGUAUUGGAAUAACGAAAUAGAUAUUACAGAAAAAGUGUUUUUUUACUUGAUGGAAGCUGUAGAAAAAGUCAUGACAGAAUUCAUGGAAAUUGUUAGAAAAAUGAUCGCCAGCUUGGAAAAGAAUUUGGUAAAAUCAAAGAACAAUCGAGAGUCCAUUUUCCAGUCAGAUUCCGAUGAUGACAAUGAACGACCAAAUACUAAAGAUUUAGAAAAGCUCAAACUUUUGCAAUUAGAAAUGAAUAAACUAAGUUCAAAGGUAAAAAUGUACAGAAACCCACAUGACUCCUCUCUUCGUGAAACCCCAGUUAUUUCCGAGUCUGUUAAGGUAGAGUUACACAAGAGAUCCUACAUCAGAGCGUUUGGUAUCAUGUUCGGCAAACUCCACAUCUACGUAAAUGAGGGAACAGAUCUAGAACAGCUUGGCAUGAAAAACGACAUUGAACGUAUCGUAUCCGGUGAUGAAUUUUGCAAAGACUUCUGCAUUGAGAAGUGCUCUAAAACUUCAAAGAUCACCCCCUAUGGUUUUGGCGUGGGAUCGAAGCUGUUCAAAAAGCCAGAUAUAAAUUCCAAGUUCGGUACGCUGGGGUGUUUAGCGUUUGGUGAUGGGAAAGUUGAAGAUGUUUUUGCUGUCACUUGUGAGCACGUGGCUAGAAAGUGCAAGUACGUUGAGCUCGAAGGUGGUUUUCUUCCAGUGGGAACGAUCGCUUAUUCAAAACCAGCCCAAUGGGGACCACUUCAAGGAGGGAUUCCACCUCCAGAACUGAUACUGUGUGGUAUGCGGACUGAUCUAACACUCCAGGCGAUAUUAUCCUACACCACCUUUCCAAGAGACAUUUUUAACAUCAAUGGGGUACAAAAAAUAAUUUGAUUCUGCAUCAAAACCGACUUCCUAUCAGUGAUGGAUGGCCUGGUUCGGGUGCCUUUGGGAUCACUGAACGUAGCAUCCUCAGCUAAUAUCUUAUUCCAUCAGCAAGAACUGACUUUUGGGUAAACUCCAGGCUUUAUCAUGAGUGCACACUUGCUCACAACUCCCACCUAGCAAGUGUUUGAUGAAGAAACACAAUGCUCUAAUGAUGGAAGGACCAUCUUUGAGCCCUGAUAUUAAACUUACUAAUCAACUGUGACAUGAAUUGGAGUGUGCAAUGCAAAGGAGAAGCAACCCCAUAAAAACGUGGACCAACUCCCCCACCUUGUUUAAGAAGAUUGGGACAAUAUCACACAAAACAGAAUUGUUACCCGUGUUGAAGUCUUGUCGCGCCGUCUACAGGAGAUAAUUGCAGUACGCAUUAGACACACACGCUGGUACCCACGUGACUUUUAACGAGCACAUCCUAAUGCUAAUGUGAAUUUGGUGACGUUUGAUGACGUCUUUUUAAUUUAAUAGACAUUUCUUUACAUCUGUAGAAAUCACGGUGAAACAGUGGAUUUG